AUGAGUCUUGAUAUUCCUACUGUCGCAGAAAUCCAGCUCGCCGCGGAGAGGGGGCAACGCAUCACGCAAGCCGAUGUGUCGGCCAUCUCGCAGGCAGAGAGCGCGCUGACAGGACGCGGGCCUGCUCGGGGUGGACCAGCUGCAACGGCGCAGAGCCUUUCAAUGCGCCAAUCGAACUUCGAAAAUAAGGUUGCCGAGAUAUCGCGCAAGCCAUCCAGUGCGAUCUCGCUGGAAGAUGCAGACGAGAUCCAAGCUACCGAGGGACGUGCAUUCAACCAACCACCCGGAAUCGGCUACAUCUCGGCGCAGGUUCGGUCAAUCGCCGACAAUAAUGAAGCUUUGGGAUUAACAGCGACGGCCGACGUGCCUGCGUAUGUCACCAAAGAUGAUGCCCGCGACGCACAACAUGCUGAAGCUCAGGUUUAUGGCGGUCAGAACCCUCGGGGAGGUAUGGCAGCUCAGAUGCAGAGUGCGGCCGACAAGAUCGACAACGCUCGACGAGGCAGUUAUGGGGGCUUGUACUAA